AUGCCUGGUUUUCGCCGACAUAUGGACAUGGAAACCGCUGCAAGAGCAGUAUCUUUGCUUCAGGAGGGACAGUCUCAGAGGUCUGUGGCUAUGCAGCUCGGUGUAUCACGACGAGCUAUCCGAAACGUUUGGGAACGGUUUCAGGAGACGGGAAGUGUAGCCAGGAGACCUGGGUCAGGAAGAGUUCGGGCUACAACUGCCCAGGAAGAUCGAUACCUAAGAUUGACUGCGCGCCGGGAGCGUACUUUAACCGCUCGUACCUUACAAACUCGACUACGGCAAUCUACAGGAACGAGGGUCAGCGACCAAACCAUUCGGAAUCGACUUCAUGAAGAUGGACAACGCUCAAGAGUACGAGCUAUUCGACUGAAACUGACGAGGGCUCAUCGUGCGGCACAUUUAAGAUAUGGGCCUAUGAAGCCUGAAAUAAAUAAAUAA